CCUCAAAAAUACGACAGAGAUUCAGGUUAAGAUGUUGAGAAUCGAGGUCCGAGUUGUGUUGUCAACAAACACUAGCAAAUAUGUUAAUACUGAAAUAUGUAAGAAAAAAAUAGCCCUGUAACAGUAACAAUCUGUAGAAAUGCAUGUUCUUGUGAUAGUUAUACCAAUCCUAUUAUCUGUGAUAUCAGUGCUGUUGGCACUACUCCAACACUGUUACUUUCCUACAACUGUUUACAAGCGGGCUUCAAUUUAUUACAAUACUCCGGAAUUUGAGGACCUGAUUCCCACGGAUAAAAAGUCCUUUGAAUUAGGGUACCCAAUUGCCAUGGAUUUACAUAAUGAGGACUUAGUAUUAAAUGAUUUAACAUCAGCUUUGAAAUUUGAGUUGAAAGACAUUGGAAAAGCUGCAGGUCCAAGUAAGAGGCAAAUGGGCACUGAUUCGGAAGUGUACAAUACUAUUCAAGCAGCACUUGCCUUUAAGAUGAUUGGUAAGGGUAAUAAAGCCAUGAAACUUUUUGAACAUGCUAGUGCUAUGGCUCCGGAUAAUGCGGAUGUAUUAAACUGGUAUGGGGAGUUUCUAGAGCAGCAUGACAUUGUAACAGCGGAUGAACUUUACUUCAAGGCUUUAACGUAUUCUCCUGAUCACCAAGCAGCUCUCUCCAACCGAAAACGCACAGCUCCAGUUGUAGAUAGACUAGAUCUUAAGUUGUUUCAAGAAAUUGACAAAUUGAAAGAUGUACUCAAAAAUAGGAUGAAGCUAGACAAUUUUGAUGCCGUUAAAAAACAAGCAUAUUACCUUCAUAUUUAUCACACUAUUGGUAUUGAAGGAAACACAAUGACUGUCGAACAGCUUAGAUAUGUUUUGGAAACAGGUCAUGUAGUUAGCGGGAAAAGCCUUUUAGAGCACAAUGAAGUCUUGGGUUUAGAAAAGGCCAUGCAGUAUGUGAAGUUAUUGACGAGAACUGAGUAUAUUGGCGUUAAGGAAAUAUUGGGGAUUCAUCGAAGAGUCAUGGGCCAUGUGGAUCCUAUCAAAUCUGGCGUUUUCAGAGCUGAGAAGGUUUUCAUUGGGAGUCACGUUCCACCCCCACAUGAGGAAAUCCCUUCUUUGAUGGAGAAUUAUGUGGAGUGGCUGAAUUCAGAAGAAGCCUACACAAUGCACCCUGUUAGACAUGCUGCUCUCGCUCAUUACAAACUAGUUGAUAUUCACCCGUUUGUUGAUGGCAAUGGACGCACAAGUAGACUAAUCAUGAAUCUAAUUCUUCUCAAAGCUGGAUAUCCACCUGCCAUGAUUUUAAAAGAGCAAAGGGAAAAAUAUUAUGAUACAUUGAAAGCAGCCAAUGUGGGAGACGUAAAGCCAUUUGUUCGCUUUGUUGCCCAAUGCACGUUACAAAUUUUGGAUAUGUACUUGCAUGGUACUAGAUCGUUAUCAUUGGAUGGGCCAGACCAGCAGGAAAUAUUAGAGAUCUAAUUUUAAAUCGGUACUACUCAAAAUAAUUCCAAUGGGCAUUUAGAAAUCGACCUAUCUUUGAUAGUACUGCAGCGAUACAUUCUAUUGAUUUGUCUCUUUGUUGAAAUUAUAUAUUUAUAAUUAAUUCUGA